AUGGCAAGCAGUCCUUAUACAGAUACACAUCGUCUAUUUGUUCAAUCUAUGCUUUCAAAACGCAUUAUACCCGAAGAAGAGGCGAAAGAACUAUAUGAAAAAGUUCGGCAAGUAACUCAAAGUAAAGAGAAACAAUUAACGUCUUUCAAUCGAUGGUAUGAGGAUCUGAUCGAUCAACUUUACAAAGACCCUAGCGAAGAGGGUUUUACCAAUUUUUUUGCAACUAUAAAUACUCAAUUAGAAACACUCGAUUAUGCUUUAAGAAUCACUCACAGAGAGUAUGAUGGUAGUCCUUUCCUUACACUUGUCAACGUAAAGCAAGAUCCAAUGACAGAAGUUGCAACCAACUAUUCAGCUAGCGAACUAGGCUACAUACGUGAACUGAUCGAUAUGAUCGUGAAUGCUGACAAUGAAGACUUUGCUAUCUCCACUAUGGCUGCCAUCCAGUUAGGCAAUAAGAUCAAACCACUGAAGCUUACUCCCAAAGAAACGCAAGACGUCUUAGAAAGACUGAUUGAGGAUAAAUGGAUUGCAGAGGAAGAGUCCAAUGGUGUGUAUUACUUAAACACACGAGCCAUUUCUGAACUUCAAAGCUAUUUACGUGAACAAUAUGCAGAUUUGAUCAAAGAAUGCACUUUUUGUUUGGACGUAGUUACUAUGGGUGAAUACUGUGCCAUUAGCCAAUGUCCCGUUAGAUACCAUAAAUAUUGUGCUGACAGUCAGUUUAGAAAUACAAAUAAUCCUGUUUGUCCACAAUGUAACACACCUUGGUCAAGGACAAAUACUUUUGGCAAAGGUUUACCUCCCAGUUAG